UAUCUUCAUUUUAUAAUAAACAGUGAUCUGCUCUGUAUGUAAACAGAGCUGUUUGGUCUUUACUUAUAUAUAUCUGGGUUUUUCUAGGUCUAAUUCUGAGUCUAUGAUAGUGGAUUUAUCUGGAAACAUGAGGGUUUUUGUUGUUUGCCUCCCAGAUAAAGACCGGUUUUAAUUUAUUUCAUCUUUUGCGUAUAAGGUUUAUGCCUUGAAAAGCAGAAUACAUGAACUUGUUGAUGGCCUGAUGGUUUUGUUUUGACAUGUGGUCUUACUUCAAAUGUGUUGCACUACAAGGUUUUGAUUUUGUUAGUCAAUAGAUGCGCUAGCUCGUUUAUUGGUGUAGAGAGAGAAAGAAAAUGGGAUCUGGGAAUGGGUUCUACUCAGUGCAAGAGUUCAAUUUGGACUCCAAGUGGUUGAUUGAUCCGAAGCUUCUUUUUGUUGGGCCGAAGAUUGGAGAAGGUGCGCAUGCCAAAGUGUACGAAGGAAAGUACAUGAAUCAGAAUGUUGCUAUUAAAAUUGUAAAUAAAGGGAAGCCAGAGGAGAUUGCCAAGAGGGAAGCCCGGUUUGCAAGAGAGGUUGCAAUGUUAUCCAGAGUUCAACACAAAAACUUAGUGAAGUUUAUCGGAGCUUGCAAGGAACCUGUCACGGUCAUAGUCACUGAGCUUCUUCUUGGUGGGACAUUGCGAAAGUACUUGCUGAACAUGCGGCCAAGGUGCUUGGAUAUGCGUGUGGCAAUUGGGUUUGCACUUGACAUAGCUCGUGCAAUGGAAUGCUUGCACUCACAUGGGAUCAUACAUCGUGACCUGAAACCUGAAAACUUGCUAUUGACGACAGACCAUAAAACAGUGAAACUUGCGGAUUUUGGUUUGGCAAGAGAAGAGUCAUUAACAGAGAUGAUGACUGCUGAAACGGGAACCUACCGCUGGAUGGCUCCAGAGCUAUACAGCACAGUUACAUUGAGGCAUGGAGAGAAGAAGCAUUAUAACCACAAGGUGGAUUCCUAUAGCUUUGCAAUCGUGCUUUGGGAGCUCAUACAUAAUAAGCUCCCAUUUGAAGGCAUGUCUAAUCUGCAGGCAGCCUAUGCAGCUGCCUUUAAAUAUCUAGUUUGUGAACUUGACCACGAUGCCCUUCACAACAGGACACACGGUUGGACCUUGGACCGUGAGAGAAUUGGCAGUGAAUGA